UGUCCACAUAUCAACUGUAAUGCAACCAUACGGGGCAAAACCAAACAUUUAGAACAUGUCCAAAAACAUAAUGAAUCAUCCCGUCGUCAUUGCAAGCAGCCCGGUAGUGGCGAAGAGUUCCGUAAUCAUUCAUCAGAAUUUUCUUCCCACAAAGAAGUGCAUCAACCUAAAUUUAAAUGCGAAAGGUGUGAUUUUUCCUCCAACUACAGGAAUUCACUGGCUAGACACAAGGAACGUUACUGCAAAGCUUCUC